AUGACUGACAGGUCCCCUGAGUGUGUACCGCGCCUUGAGGGCCCUGAUGGCGACGGGGUUUUUACGUUGCAUCUCGGCAAUGCCGAAAACAGACUCACUUGCUCAGCCAUGGAUGCAAUCCACGUCAUGCUUGACCGCAUUGAGCGGUCUAAAGGUCCAGCAGCAUGCGUAAUCUGCAGUAGUGGGAAGUUCUUCUCCAAUGGCCUCAGCAUAAAGGAAUUGUCAGACCACCCUAAAAAAUUGCUCGAGGUGUUCCACAGCAUGCUAAAAAGGCUGCUUGGCUUCCCUGUUCCUCUCGUUGCUGCUAUCAACGGGCAUGCGUUCGGAGGAGGAGCCAUACUCGCUUGCGUGUGCGACUACCGCGUGAUGAAUGCGAAUAGAGGAUUUUUCUGCGUCAACGAAAUUCUCAUCGGCCUACCACUGACUCCAGGCUUGUCGGCUGUUGUACAGUCCAAAAUCGACAGAAGCCUGUGGACAACAACGAUGCUGCGAGGACAGCGAUGGUCGGGCGCUGCGGCGCUGGGUGCGCGCAUUGUGGACGGUGUUGCAAACGGCGAGGCGGACGUGUUAGAGGCCGCGAAGAGUCUGGCUUCCUCGGUGGCGUCGCUUGGAGAGAAUCGGCAUGCCUACGGCUCCAUAAAACGCGAGAUGUACAAAAGGGAAUUGCGUGCUCUUGACGAAGGUCUCGGGGCAGCCGCUGAAGCCAUUAAAAUUGUGAAAAAAGGAAUGUUGCCAGCAAGUCCAAAAUUAUAG